CCAGCGUCACCAGCAAAUCCCCCGGCUGCACAAAUAACUACGCGCCAUUAGCAGCAGCCCGCCGAGACAUGCCGCACCGGCACCGGCACGGAGAAAAACUCGUAAAAAGUGGGCACAAAACCGAAGCGCUUGCCCACCGCCCUGCCCCGUCCCGAUCCCCAACCCAAAGCGCCGAGAAGACAACCCCACACUCCCCGGCCUCGUACAGGGAGGGGAGAGGGCAGGAGGAGGACUAGGUCUAGAGGCGCGGAGCAAAAUACGCGGGGAGAAUGCGCGACCUUGCACUCUCCCGCCCCCAGCCCGUGUGAGCCUCUCGUCCCCGUGAAAUCACACCGAUUUUGAUUCCACCGACGAUAUCGGCCGCCUCCCGGCCCGGCCGGCACGACGGCGUUGGGGGGCCGAGGCAGUGGGGCUGAGGAGCAGCAGCCACGGCACCCGGGAUGAAGGGAGGGGGCGGGAAGGAGACGGUCACCGCCUCCUUCCUCCGUUUCCUCCUUCUGCUCCUCCUCCCGCUCACCGCCCUCUACUUCUUCUACACGCUCCACCUCCUCCUCACCUCCGCGUCGUCGGCCGCCUCCUGCCCGCCUGACUCCACCUCCUCCUCCGUAUCGGUCUCCCGGAUGUCCGCCAACAUCACCGCCACCACCGCGGCGGCGUCGGAGAAGACCCCCGCCGUGGAGGUGUCCACGGCGACGAUGCUGCAGCACGUCGUGUUCGGCAUCGCGGCGUCGUCGCGGUUCUGGGACAAGCGCAAGGAGUACAUCAAGGUGUGGUGGCGCCCGCAAGGUGCCAUGCGCGGGUACGUGUGGCUGGACCGCGAGGUGCGCGAGUCCAACAUGUCCACGGCGCGGACGGGGCUCCCGGCUAUCAGGAUCUCCUCGGACACCUCUGCUUUCCCCUACACGCACCGCCGCGGCCAUCGCUCAGCCAUCCGCAUCUCCCGCAUCGUCUCCGAGACGUUCCGCCUCGGCCUCCCCGACGUGCGGUGGUUCGUCAUGGGCGACGACGACACCGUCUUCUUCCCCGACAACCUCCUCACCGUGCUCAACAAGUUCGACCACCGCCAGCCCUACUACAUCGGCUCCCUCUCCGAGAGCCACCUUCAGAACAUCUACUUCUCAUACGGGAUGGCGUACGGCGGCGGCGGCUUUGCCAUCAGCCGGCCGCUGGCCGAGGCGCUCGCGCGGAUGCAGGACGGUUGCCUCCGCCGAUACCCGGCGCUGUACGGCAGUGACGACCGGAUCCAGGCGUGCAUGGCGGAGCUGGGCGUGCCGCUCACCAAGCACCCGGGUUUCCACCAGUACGACGUGUACGGCGACCUCCUGGGCCUCCUCGCGUCCCACCCGGUGGCGCCGAUCGUGACGCUGCACCACCUCGACGUCGUGAAGCCCCUGUUCCCGGACGCGAGAUCGCGCCCCGCGGCGGUGCGGAGUCUGUUCGAUGGGCCCGUGAAGCUGGACUCGGCGGGGAUGAUGCAGCAGUCCAUCUGCUACGACGGCGCCAACCGGUGGACGGUUUCCGUGGCGUGGGGGUUUGCGGUGCUGGUGGCGAGGGGGGUAAUGUCCCCGCGGGAGAUGGAGAUGCCGGCGCGCACGUUCCUGAACUGGUACAAGCGCGCCGACUACACGGCGUACGCGUUCAACACGAGGCCCCUGGCGCGCAGCCCGUGCCAGAAGCCCGCGGUGUACUACCUGUCGUCGUCGCGGCGCGCGGCCUGGCACGGCGGCGAGACCACGGUGACUCGGUACGAACGGUGGCGCCACCCCAACGAGACGCGGCCCGCGUGCCGGUGGGAUAUCGCGGACCCGGACGCGCACGUCGAUCACAUCGUCGUGCUCAAGAAGCCUGACCCCGGGAUAUGGGACAGGUCUCCCAGGCGAAAUUGUUGUCGAGUGCUGUCGUCGCCCAAGGAGGGGAAGAAAGCGGAGAAGACGAUGACCAUCGAUGUAGGUGUAUGCAGGGAAGGCGAGUUCAGCCAAGUAGCAGGAGUAUAAACUUCAUUACACAAGAUGAAGAUAGUAGGAAGAUUCAAAAAAUUUCUUCUUUUCAUGUACGGAUCGAUUCUUCUCGGAAGGUAUCAGCGAGUCUCGUUUGAGCAUA